UGGGUCACAUGGCGACCAAAUGUAAAUCUAGCAUCAAACUACACAACUUUUCGGCCCGUCUGACGGACACGGAGGUUUUUUUUCAAGUGAUGCAACUCAGUGAAAGUUUCCAUCUUUGGGUGGGAACAAACAAGUCUCUAGGUAGCACUGCUGUGGCUAUGAAUUCACCUUAUGAGAAAAUGCCAGUAGCCACUCAUCUACAUGGCGACCAUGCUGAUCAGUCUUCAGUUGCAAUGGCACGGAGAUUGGCGAAGAAGACGGGCAAGCAGGUGUUUGUAAGCUGUAAUAUUGCAGCUGACCAGUUGCUGUUUCCCUUGGUGGAGAAAAGGAUUCAUGAGGAAAUGACAAAAUAUCCAGAAUACUUCUGACACAGUGCUAGCAGGGACAGAACAUCUAGAGUACUUUGGACACAAUGCUAGCAGAGACAAAACACCCAGAGUACUUCUGACACAAUACUAGCAGAGACAAAACACCCAGAGUACUUCUGACACAAUGCUAGCAGAGACAAUCACUCAGAGUAAUUCUGACACAUUGCUAGCAGAGACAAAACGUACAGAGUACUUCUGACACAGUGCUAGCAGGGACAGAACAUCUAGAGUACUUCGGACCCAAUGCUAGCAGAGACAAAACACCUAGAGUACUUCUGACACAAUGCUAGCAGAGACAAAACACCCAGAGUACUUCUGACACAUUGCUAGCAGAAACAAAACGUACAGAGUACUUCUGACACAGUGCUAGCAGGGACAGAACAUCUAGAGUACUUCUGACACAAUGCUAACAGAGACAAAACACCCAGAGUACUUCUGACACAAUGCUAGCAGAGACAAAACAUCCAGAGUACUUCAGACACGAUGAUCUCAGGUGGACAAGAACUUAUGAGUGCCUCUGGUGUCCACAAGAUACAUGGAGCAGCUUGGGGCAGUACUUGAUCUUUUCUGAUAUACUUUUCACUGAGAUAAAGUUUAGAAUAUGAAAAUAUUGUGACAUGAACUGAUGAAGUCAAAGUAAGGAUUUUCCAUUGCUAUGCUCUCUGCCUCCUAAUUGACGAAAACUGGGACAGGGGAGAUAACUCUGUCGUCUACAGACAUCCAUUCUACUGGCUGCCUUCGAUGUGGAUGUUAUUGAUAUUCAUUGAAAAAUAAAUUCAUUCAAAUAAAUGAGUUCAUUGAAAAGAGAGUUGUACAUCAUGCAGGUAACAUUACUUAUAUGGAUGUUCUGUAAAGCUGUUUUUACUCCUGCAAAUUUACCGGUGAUCCGUAAUAGUAACACAUGUAUUGUUAAAGGAUGGGUGCGGUCGCUGUGAAUUCAAGUCCAGCUCAUGCUGGCUUCCUCUCCGGCCGUACGUGGGAAGGUCUGCCAGCAACUUGCGGAUGGUUGUGGGUUUCCCCCGGGCUCUGCCCGGUUUCCGCCCACCAUAAUGCUGGCCGCCGUCAUAUAAGUGAAAUAUUCUUGAGUGCGGCGUAAAACACCAAUCAAAUAAAAUAAAUUAAAGGAUGGGUAAGCUCAACUCAAGAGAUACCAUCAGUAAGUAGAAAAAUACAUGAAAAGCAACAAACAAAUCAGCUUUUAGCCUCGUCUCGUUUGUUGUUGCAAUACUCAAGUGUUUUACUAAUAGAAAUUGAAAUGUACUACAGAUAGUGGCUUGUGGAAAUAGGCAAUCUGUACAAUGUAAGAUGUUAAUACAACUUCUAUUUGAUGAGUGCGAUCACUGUGAGUUCAAAUCCAGCCCAUACUGUUUUACUCCUUUACUCAUGCUUCCUUGCUCCAACCUCUCAGUGCCGAGUGCCAAGCCAGGCAGCAGCAAGUACCAUUUUUAAAGUCUUUGGUAUGACCCUGAGCCAUGUUUCCCACAGUCUCGUGAUUUUGAGACGGACGCUUUAUCCAUUAGGCCAC